GUCAAAGGAAACCAAACCGGAAAAUUCCAUAACUUGGCUCUGCUUCGAGCUUCUCCGGCCUGACAUUUGAAAUUCACUUUGAAUUCUCACAUAAGUAAAUAAUCCUGUAACAUGUUUGCAUUAAACUUCAAAUUGUAGUGAAAUGAAAACUGAAUUGCAAAAUGUAGGCAAAGUUACUAAUUUUGUGAAUUUUUCCAAAUCAGCGAUAUUUUUUAACUCUUUAUUUACGAAGGCAAUAACGUCUACUAUAAAAAUAACCAUAAAGCAAUCGGUGAAACGUGUUCAGAUAAAUGUCCUCGAGGAAGACACAGGAUGAAAAUUGCACAGCCAUAAGACAUGCGCCACGUGACUCCUUAUUUUAAUCAUGUAUUUUAUCUAUGUUUUCCAGUUCAGAUUUAAUUUCACUACAAUUCGCUGUUCAGUAAAUAAAUUAUAUUUAGUGAAUAACCCAGUUUGGUAAAAGUUGACACCCCACUUUCUGUCCCUGCCAGGGACAUUUUUACUGUAGGAACCUUGGAGUUUGUUCCUUGUUUCCGGGGAAGGUGUUAGUGACUGGAACCAGGAAGUAUCAUGCAGAGGGCAGCAGCUCCAUGUGACUGCUGAUCAGAGAGAGCAGCAUGGCUGUGCAGUGCAGCUGAACCCAGGUCCUUCCAAUAAUGGGGAGCACAGCUCUCUCCAGGGCCCUGCUCUGCAGGAGGAUUGUACCCCAUGUGCAAUGGCAGAGGUGGCAGUCAGCACCUGCUGGAGGCUGGGAGAGGGGGCAUCAUCCCUCCAAAGGUAUGACUGGGUCAGAGGAUCCCCCUAAAGAGCUGGCUGGGUCAGAGGAUCCCCCUAAAGAGCUGGCUGGGUCAGAGGAUCCCCCUAAAGAGCUGGCUGGGUCAGAGGAUCCCCCUAAAGAGCUGGCUGGGUCAGAGGAUCCCCCUAAAGAGCUGGCUGGGUCAGAGGAUCCCCCUAAAGAGCUGGCUGGGUCAGAGGAUCCCCCUAAAGAGCUGGCUGGGUCAGAGGAUCCCCCUAAAGAGCUGGCUGGGUCAGAGGAUCCCCCUAAAGUGCUGGCUGGGUCAGAAUACCCCCUUAAAGUGCUGGCUGGGUCAGAAGAUAUAUCUAAAUUGUUGGAAGACUCUGAAGAUAUCACCAAAGCUCUGGAGAUGUCAGAGGUGGACCUCACACCUGCCAGACGAUCCCCUACUAAUAGCACAGUGCUGCUUUUUCCAGGACAGGGUAGCCAGCAGGUUGGGAUGGCUAGAGCGCUCUUGAAUUACCCCAAUGUCAGGACAAUGUUUGAUGCAGCGCACAAGGUGUUGGGAUAUGACUUGCUGGAGCUGUGCCUACAUGGUCCUGAGGAGGUACUCAGUAGAACUGUACACUGCCAGCCUGCUGUGUUUGUGACGUCCCUGGCUGCCACUGAAAAGUUGAGCCAUGAAGACCCUACAGCUAUUGACAAUUGUGUUGCAGUUGCAGGAUUCAGCGUUGGGGAAUUCGCAGCUCUUGUUUUUUCGGGUGCGCUAGAUUUUACAGAAGCGCUGUAUGCUGUGAAGGCUCGGGCGGAGGCCAUGCAGCGGGCGUCAGACGCUGUGCCCAGUGGAAUGUUGUCUGUAAUUGGCCGUCCUCAUUCAAAGUACAAUGUUGCGUGCGCAGAAGCUCGAGAACAUUGCAAAUCUAUAGGCUUGGAAAAUGUAGUGUGCGAUGUGGCAAAUUACCUGUUCCCGGAUGGCAGGGUCAUUGCAGGAAAUAUAGAGGCUUUGCAGUAUCUGCAGAGAAAUUCACGAAAAUACCAUUUCCUGCGCACAAAGAUGCUACCGGUGAGUGGUGCUUUUCACACUCCGUUAAUGGCACCUGCUAUGGAACCCCUGCAGAAAGCCCUCAAGAACCUGGAGUUUAAGCAGCCGUAUGUCCCCGUUUACUGUAAUAUUGAUGGCAAGCGCUAUAAGCACGCCUCUGUAAUCAGCAAACUGCUUGUCAAACAGCUGGUCUCGCCUGUAAAGUGGGAACAAACAAUGCAUGCCAUCUAUGAAAGGAAAAAGGGGAUAGAUUUCCCCCGAACAUUAGAAAUGGGCCCUGGAAGACAGCUGGGGUCCAUCCUGAAAUCCUGCAACUUCAAGGCUUGGAAAUACUACCAAAAUGUGGAUGUUUUUGAAAAAGAGGAAUCUCCUGGAACGUAGAAUAAAAUAUAAAUUUUCAUCU